UCAAUAGUAUCGCCAGUAGUUGCAAACAUAUGGUAAUUUACACAUGUACAACUCUUAAUAUUGUUACAUCAUCAGUUAUAAAGCUAUUGAUAAAUAUUGGGAAACCCGGUAUUUUAGUCACGCUUAUUUUAUUUGACGGAUGAAAGUGGCCUUCAACAUUUUUUGUUAAAUUGAACUCUAUUUUAGCUGCUCUAUCUGCGGCUGAAGAGGUGUAUUAGGAUAACGUCUCCUCCUCGUGUAGCUGUUAACAAGCUCGCUAGACCUUCACGUGAACACUAAUCCACCUAUCUUUAUGGUGUUUGUUGUUUGAGGACUAUUUACCCAAAUUUAAAACCUCGACAAAGGCACCCCUCUCACUUUCGCUGCUAUUGUGGGAAAACUAUUAUUGUGGGGUUGGAGUUGUGAACGUGAAACUGGGCAUAUUCGACUUAGAAUGCAGAGAAAAAGAAAUCUGUGAUUGACUAAGGUUUAUUUUGUCAGGGAUUUGUGCGACUGGUCAAGGGAAAUAACUCUCUGGCGGGAGUUAAAGUCCCGUAAAAUUUGUGGUGACAUAAGGUUUGACCCACUUUUAAAAACAGCACCCCUCUGUGUCAUGGACCAGUUAGCUGGAUUUAAACAAGAGACAAAAUGACAUCAACACCUACAACAGAAGAAUUUCGGAUCUUAAAACACCAACCUCGUCUUGUUUCCAAGAACUCUAUGUACAAUAUUAAGCAUGUUGGAACUCAAGGAAAAGGAAAGUACCUGAUGCAUGACUUUUUCACCACAAUGGUGGAUACAAAGUGGAGAUGGAAUGUACUUAUAUUUGUAAGUGGAUUUGUGAUCACGUGGUUAUUAUUUGCGUUAUUUUAUUGGCUAGUUUCAAAACUUCAUGGUGAUUUAAAUGACGUAAAAACAACCAGUCUGAGGCCAUGUUUUGAGAACGUCAAUUCUUUUACGGCAGCAUACUUGUUUUCGAUUGAGACGCAGACGACCAUUGGGUACGGAUUUCGUUACGUCACAGAAGAAUGCCCGUACGCGGUUGUCGGCGUUAUACUACAGAACAUAGUGGGAGCUGGUUUGCAGGCGGCGCUGGCGGGACUUGUGGUGGCCAAAGUGAGGCGAAGCAAAAAGAGAUCCAACACCUUGAUGUUCAGUUCCGUGGUCUGCAUUGUAGAAGAAGACGGCGUGUAUAAACUCGUCAUCAGAAUCGGGGACAUGCGUCGAUCACAUAUAAUUGGUGCGCGCGUGCGCGGUCAUCUCUUCAGAACGAUGAGAUCAAGAGACAGCAGAAAUCAUCCGGUGAUGUGUUUCCCGUUGGAGUUUAAUGGAGAGGACGGGAGUCCGUGGUUGUUUAUGGCAUGGCCGACCCAGCUGGUACACACGAUAAACGAUAAGUCGCCGUUCUGGAAGAUAUCCCGAGACGACUUGGAGAGGGAGGAUUUCGAGCUGGUUGUAAUUUUAGACGGUAUUGUGUCCACCACAAGCACUAUUCUCCAAACACAGACUUCAUACAUGGCCUGUGACAUUCUGUGGGGCCAUCGGUUUAACACUAUGGCCAGCAGAUACAACAGCAACGAUUCUUUAGUGGUAGACUACUCCAGCUUCAAUCGAACCCACCCUGUUGCUAUUCCUGAGUGUAGCGCCUAUCAGGUCAGCGUGUUCCGGAAGCUAGGCUACAGCAUUAUACACAGAGAUCCGGAGAACAAUAAUCCGUCGUAUUUUGAAAUCAGGAAAACAAAGGAGGAAUCUCCCUCCCAGUCACGCAUUCUUCAUUACAGACACAAUAAGACAGUUGUCAGCACGCCGAGUCGGUGCGCGAACCUCUAGAGAGUAACCACUGAAAUACAACACGGCCAGAUAAUCAUGUAUAUGCAGCAGUUAUGAUAGUUAUAUUUAUACAAAACCUGAAUACUGUUGGUUUUUUUUUUUAUUAUUUGCCGAUUUAAUGUUUGUACUAUGAAUUGAUAUUAAACCAUCAAGAACCAGAA